AUGUCGUUCAUAAAAGAUCUUUUCCACCGCGAGACGCCGCAAGAGGCGAUGCGAAAGUACAAGCGCGGUCUUGACCGCACCAUUCGCGAUAUUGAUCGUGAGCGGAACAAGUUGCAAGUCCAGGAACGUAAAAUUGUUAUCGACAUGAAGAAGAUGGCAAAGCAGGAUCAGAUUGACUCGGUGCGUAUCUUGGCACGUGACCUGGUGCGUACUCGGAAGUAUCAACAAAAGAUGUAUCACAUGCGUACACAAAUCCAGGGCGUCGCACUUCGUAUCCAGACAAUGCAGUCUACUGGGCAGAUGGCAACCGCGAUGAAGGGUGUGGCGAAGGCCAUGCGUGGCAUGAACAACAGAAUGAACAUACCCGAGAUGCAGCGGGUCAUGCGGGAGUUUGAGAAGCAAAAUGAGAUGAUGGGAAUGAAGGAGGAGAUGAUGAACGAUGUCAUUGACGAUGUGAUGGACGACGAUGGCGAAGAGGAAGACGAAACAGAGGUCGAGAUUCAGAAAGUGAUGGACGAGGUUGGAUUAGAGUUUAAAAGCAAAAUGGGCAUCACGGACUCGAUGUUGCCAGCAAAGCAGCAGGAGGAUGCGGAGGACGAUAAGGAGCUCGAGGCGCGUCUCGCAGCGCUAAAAUCUUCAAUGAAGUAA